AAGCACACUGAGUAACAAUGGAGAUGGAUUUCCCUGUUAUCAACAUGGAGAAGCUUAAUGGCGACGAGAGAGGCGCUGUGAUGGACCAAAUCAACGACGCCUGUCAAAACUGGGGCUUCUUCGAGUUGUUGAAUCAUGGGAUAUCGCACGAGCUGAUGGACAAGGUGGAGAAGCUGACUAAGGAGCAUUACAGGAAGCGUAUGGAGCAGAGGUUCAAAGAAAUGGUGGCUAGUAAGGGGCUGGAUUCAGUGGAGACUGAAAAUAACGACACCGAUUGGGAAAGCACCUUCUUUCUACGCCAUCUUCCCAGUUCUAACAUGUCCCAAAUCCCUGAUUUGGACCAGGAUUACAGGGAGGUCAUGAAGGAAUUCGCAGUGGAAUUGGAGAAGCUAGCAGAGCAAAUUCUGGACUUGCUGUGCCACAAUCUUGGGCUUGAGAAAGGGUACUUGAAGAAGGCCUUUUACGGGUCCAAAGGCCCCAAUUUUGGAAGUAAAAUCAGCAAUUACCCUCCCUGUCCAAAACCUGACCUUAUUAAGGGUCUCAGAGCCCACACCGACGCUGGUGGCCUUAUUCUCCUCUUUCAAGACCACAAAGUCAGUGGCCUUCAGCUCCUUAAAGACGGCAAAUGGGUUGAUGUCCCACCAAUGCAUCACUCCAUUGUCAUCAAUUUAGGCGACCAGCUCGAAGUAAUUACAAAUGGAAAAUACAAGAGUGUAAUGCAUAGAGUGAUAGCGCAGACAGAUGGGAACAGAAUGUCGAUUGCAUCAUUCUACAAUCCUGGAGACGACGCCGUAAUAUACCCGGCGCCGGCGCUGGUGGAGGGAGAGGAAGAUAAGGGCAAGCUUUACCCAAAAUUUGUGUUCGAUGAUUACAUGAAGCUGUACGUGGGGGUGAAGUUUGAGGCAAAAGAGCCGAGGUUUGAGGCCAUGAAGGCUAUGGAAUCGACUAACCCAAUUGCGACUGUUUGAGAACUCCAUUUUCCAAUAACCCAUUAAGACAUGGCAUUGAAAUAGGAAGCUUUUUAUUAUGUUAUCAGAAACAAAAUUUAGUGGUACCAUAGUGACGAUGUUUCGGUGUUGGGGAACAGGGCUUGAAGUUUUUUCUUUUAAGAUAUGAUAGAUGUUUCAAGGUUAAAUGUUUAAAUAAUGGAUAUGUGGACACUUUUCUACCA